CACAUCUUUGCCUCCUGUUGUGACACCCAUAAACCUCCAAGGGGAGGAGAUGGGGAGUGGCGGAGCCCUGAGACACAUAUGUACAAAUGCACAUGGUUGCAGAAUAAGUUUGAGCUUCCAGGACUCCCCUGUGUUUGACUUUUGUAGUGGGACAUUUUCUGUUUCUAGUUGCCUGUGUGAAGCCUGGACUGAGUAUUCAUAGCUGUGCGAUGACAUAGUAGGAGGAGGCUCAGCAACAAGUCUGGCCUGAGACUAGCAGCAUCUUUCUGAGUGAGACUGAGGAAUCUGAGGCCAGAGCCCCUCACUCGUCAUCCGCAGCUGGCUCUGUGCAAUAUGGACAUAUAACAACCAGAAGACCACCAGGCUUCAGCUAACACCUCAUUACCAACACCUCAGAAUUUCCUGCAUCGCCCCCCUUCUGUGCCAACAUGAAAGAUGACUUUGCAGAAGAGGAUGAGGUUCAGUCCUUUGGAUACAAAAGAUUUGGCAUACAAGAAGGAACCCAGUGUACAAAGUGCAAAAAUAACUGGGCAUUGAAAUUUUCAAUUAUACUGCUGUAUAUUCUUUGUGCCUUACUUGCUAUCACAGUGUCCAUACUGGGAUACAAAGUUGUAGAGAAAAUGGAUGGCGUUUCAGAUGACAUAGAAAAAUCACAUAGCGGUUACAAUGAUAAGAUCUCUGAGGUGGAGCAGAACUUGAAAAAACUAGAUGAUCAAGCUGGAAAAAAGUCAGUCAACACUAACACAGAACUCAACAGUGUGAGGUCAGAUAUUACAGCCAUAUAUAAACAGCUACGUGAGAUCACAGAAAAAAGUAGCAGAAACAAAGAUACCAUGGAGAAGCUCCAAGAAGCUGGUGACCUUCUAGAUGCCAAACAAAGCCAAAUGAAAAGUGCCUUAGACAAUAACUCUCUGAUGAUCAAUGGAGUCAAUCAGACAUUACAGGUAUAUAACAAUUAUGUUUCCAGUUUACAGCAGGACACCAGCAGUCUGCAGACAAAUCUUCAAAGCCAAAUGCAGUCAAGCAACAUACUUACUAUGAGUAUAAGUAACCUAAACCUGACGCAGACCCAGCAAAGGACUGUUAUAAGCACUUUGCAGAGGUCUGUGGACGAUACCAGCCAAGCUAUUCAACGUAUCAAGAAUGAUUUUCAAAGCCUUCAACAAGCUGUUCUUCAAACUCGGAAGGAUACGGACUGGUUAAAAGAGAGAGUCCAGAACCUACAAAACAUUGCAACAAAUAACUCAGCUCUUGUGAAGGCCAACAAUGAGACUGUAGAAGAAAUGAGCAACCAGCUCAACAAUCUUGGUAUUCAGGUUGAAAACAUUACUAUGACUGCUCAAGGAAAUGAACAAAACUUAAAGGAUAUCCAGGAUUAUCAUAAAGAAUAUGAGAAUAGGACAUAUGCCAAAUUCAACUAUUUGGAAGAGCGUUUCCAGAAAUUUGAGGAAGAUAUAGUAGGUAUUAUUACCAAUAUUAGUUACACUGCCCAUCACCUAAGGACGCUGACUAGUAAUCUCAAUGAUGUAAGAACAACUUGCACUGAUACGCUGAGUAAACACACAGAAGAUUUAAUUCAGCUGAAUAAUUCUAUCUCCAGUAUUCAGCUAGACACUUCUUCCCUCAGGAGUCAACAGGAUAUAAUGAGGCAAAGACUAGACAAUGAAGUAGCCAACUUAUCAAUAAUCAUGGAAGAAAUGAAGUUGGUGGAUUCCAAGCAUGGACAACUAAUAAAGAAUUUCACCAUAUUGCAAGGACCGCCAGGUCCUAGAGGACCAAAGGGUGAAAGAGGACCUCUUGGUCCCAUGGGACCUAUUGGACCAAAGGGACAGACUGGGGACAAAGGAGAACCAGGGUUGCCAGGACCUGCUGGUGAAAAAGGAAUCCCUGGACCAUUUGGCCCUCCAGGAGAAAAGGGAUCAAGAGGUUCAAAGGGCCCACAAGGAAAUAAAGGGCAAAGGGGUUCCCCAGGAAAAAGUGGUGAACCAGGACCUAAAGGCGACCCAGGCUUACCAGGACCACCUGGAACAAAUGGACCACCAGGGCCUCCUGGUCCUUCAGGUCCACAAGGGAAUAAAGGAAUUAUUGGUGAACCUGGAAUUCCUGGUAUUAGGGGGGCACCUGGACCACCAGGCGUAACUGGAUUACCAGGUUUGCCAGGACCUAGAGGACCACCUGGACCUCCAGGAGAUGCCGCAAGAUUACUAUCAUUUCAUGAUUUCUCCACACCUGAACUUGAAAUAAAUCCACAAGUGCCAGGUUGUCCGUAUGAAUGGAGGAAUUUCACUGACAAAUGUUACUAUUUUUCAAUUGGAAAAGAUAUUUUUGAUGAUGCUAAGCUGUACUGUGAAGAAAAAGGCGCUAAGUUAGUUAUUAUAGAAAGUAAAGAAGAGCAGCAAUUCAUUAAGAAGCAAACUACUGGAAAUGGCAACUUUUGGAUUGGGCUUAAUGACAUAGAAGAGGAGAAUGUAUGGAAGUGGAUAGAUGGUACCAUCCCAGCUUUCACAAACUGGAAAGAGGGUCAACCUGACAAUUGGACUCCUGACAUGGGACCUGGAGAAGACUGUGCAGGAAUAAUAUAUUCAGGCUUAUGGAACGAUUUUCAUUGUCAAGAUUUCAAUAACUUUAUUUGCGAGAAAGACAUGGACAAAGGUAAGGCUUCAGAUGUCUCCUAGACAAGGAUGUUUUAUGGACGUGGAAUAUUAAACUACUUUCCUUUUAAAGGAAAACAUAAGGUUGAACUGGAUUAUAUUGUGCCCACAAUAUCAAUGAAGUUCUGAAUCUGGACCAACAAAAAAUUCAGCAACUUUUAUUUUACAAUUUAUUUUUCCAUGAACUUUGUUGCUGAUGGAACAUUGACUUUUAACUUAGAGUUAGUGAAGUAACUAAAAAAUGUCAACAUGGGAAAUAUUGAUACAAUUUCUUUCAUUCUUAUGAAUCUAGAAUAUAUGGAAAUAUUUUGGAUAUAGGUCUACCAGCUUUACUCAAACAGUGUUAUAUAACUAAACCAGUUAUAAAAGAAGGAUAAUACAGGUUUAUAGUUCUUAUUCAAUGGAAUAUUUUUGUAAAAGCUUUUGAAAACAUUUGUAUUUUUGUACAAGAUACUAGCAUUUUAUUAUUUUUGUAUUUUAGAAUUUAUUUGCCAAAGAAAACAAUAUUGAAGUAUAUUCAUUAUGGUAUAAACAGCCGAUCAGUUAUAAAGAAAUGUUACCACACAUAACUUGCCAUUUUAAUAUUCAAGAGAUUUAUGUCUAGGACAUUUUUACUAUUGUUUGCCAAAUUGUUUCAUCUUCGGGAAACGAGUAAUUGUGCCAAACUAUUCAACAGAAAUAUGACCCAUGUUUGCUAUAGGUUAUAUUGUGAAAGUAGUAUCCAGAAUGGUUACCAGCACAGGAAUGAAUUCCAGAUAGGAUGUAAGCCUCUUACUCCUCCUGCCAAAAUAUUCAUUUAUUACCGACAAUGGUCUCAUAAAAGUCAUUCUCAUUAUACCCUAUAAGUUUCACAUUGAAUAUGGACCAUUAUUGUACAGUCUGUCUUUUUUUAAAUGAUGGCAGUGAAAAAUACAGUAAAUAUAAAA